AUGAGAGAAAAGAAGAACAUACAUGUGUUCUAUCGAAGAAGAAGGCAGCAGCAGAAGCAACAACAGAUCAGGUUUUGUCGAAGGAGAAGUUCUAUCAAAGAAGAAGAUAGAAAUAACAUAUUUGGGCUUUCUGGCGAAGAAGAAGAGAAACAGAGAGAAGAAGAAAAGAACAGAGAAGAAGGAGAGAAGGGGCAAACUUGUUCAAAGAAGCU